AUGACCCUGAGCACGGAGAUGUCCGAUGCCUCCGGCCUCGCGGAGGAGACAGACAUCGACGUGGUAGGGGAGGGCGAGGACGAAGACGACGAAGAAGAGGAGGACGACGACGAGGGCAGCGGUGGCGUGUCCCGCCUGGCGGUCCCCGCGCAGCGGCGGCGGCGGCGCUCCUACGCCGGGGAGGACGAGCUAGAGGACCUGGAGGAGGAGGAGGAGGAGGACGAUGACAUCCUGCUGGCCCCGCGGUCAGGGGCCUCCCCGGCGCCCCCGGGCCCAGCCCCAGCGUCUGGGGCCGGGGCGGCUGGGGGCGGCGGCGCGGGGGGCGGCGGCGGCGCGGGCGCGGGCGGCGGCGCCAAGAACCCCCUGGUGAAGCCGCCCUACUCGUACAUCGCGCUCAUCACCAUGGCCAUCCUGCAGAGCCCCAAGAAGCGGCUGACGCUGAGCGAGAUCUGCGAGUUCAUCAGCGGCCGCUUCCCCUACUACCGGGAGAAGUUCCCCGCCUGGCAGAACAGCAUCCGCCACAACCUCUCGCUCAACGACUGCUUCGUUAAGAUUCCCCGCGAGCCCGGCAACCCCGGCAAAGGCAACUACUGGACGCUGGACCCCGAGUCCGCCGACAUGUUCGACAACGGCAGCUUCCUGCGCCGGAGGAAGCGCUUCAAGAGGCAGCCGCUGCUCCCGCCCAACGCCGCCGCCGCCGCCGCCGAGUCGCUGCUGCUGCGCGGCGCAGGGGGCGCGGCGGGCGUGGGCGACCCGGCAGCCGCCGCCGCGCUCUUCCCUCCCGCGCCUCCGCCACCCCCGCACGCCUACGGCUACGGCCCUUACGGCUGCGGCUACGGCCUGCAGUUGCCGCCCUACGCGCCGCCCUCGGCCCUGUUUGCGGCCGCCGCGGCCGCCGCCGCCUUCCACCCGCACUCGCCCCCGCCGCCCCCGCCGCCCCCGCCGCCGCACGGCGCGGCCGCCGAGCUGGCCCGGACCGCCUUCGGCUACCGGCCGCACCCGCUCGGCGCCGCCCUGCCCGCCCCCCUGCAGGCCUCGGCUGCCAAGGCAGGCGGCCCGGGCGCCUCGGCGCUGGCGCGCUCGCCCUUCUCCAUCGAGAGCAUCAUCGGGGGCAGCCUGGGCCCGGCCGCCGCCGCCGCCGCCGCCGCGCAAGCCGCUGUUGCCGUGCAGGCCUCGCCCUCACCCUCUCCGGUGACGCCGUCCGCGCCCGCGCCCGGAUCCGCCGGCGGCGGCGGCGGCUGCGCGGUUCAGGCGGCCGUGGGCCCGGCUGCCGCGCUCACCCGCUCUCUCGUGGCCGCCGCGGCAGCGGCGGCCUCCUCGGUCUCCUCGUCGGCCGCCCUGGGGACUCUGCACCAAGGGACUGCCCUGUCCAGUGUCGAGAACUUUACCGCUAGGAUUUCAAAUUGUUAA